UUCCUGACGUGACCCCCGCCCCCACUAUAUAUUCAGGACCGCCGAGCUCAGAGGCUUCCACUUUGCUCCAACUGCUUGUCAGGUGCCACCGACCAUGUCUCGCGCGCUCUCCUUUGUUGUGCUGGCCCUCGUGGCUCUUCAGACCUUUGCUGAACCUCCCUCCAACUCGUACGGACCACCCUCGUACAACCCCCCAGCUCCCAUCUCCAGCUACGGAGCUCCCGCUCAGUCCGCCCCUUCCGUCUCGUAUGGUGCCCCCAUCGUGACCUACAGGGCAGCUGCUCCGUCUAGCUCGUACGGAGCCCCUUCAAGCUCGUACGGAGCCCCUUCAAGCUCGUACGGAGCCCCUUCAAGCUCAUACGGAGCCCCUUCAAGCUCGUACGGUGCCCCGUCCAGCUCUUACGGAGCCCCGUCCAGCUCGUACGCAUCCAGCUCUUACAGUGCCCCCUCCUCUCGCUACGUCUCGUACAGACCAGCCUCGUCCGGCAGCAGCAGUGGAUUCGGAGGAGCCGGAGCUCUGGGACUCGCUAUCCCCGCCAUCAAGGUGGUCAAGGUCGCAAAGGUCGCCAAGGUCGUUGGCGCCGUCAAGCUGGCUAAGUUGGCCCUGCUGAAGAAGAAGUUGCUUCUCGCCCCCCUCCUUCUCGGAUAAAUAGCACAAAAGUUUUACCCUUUACUUUUAUAUCCAUUUGGCCUGUGUAAAUUAUAUGCAAAAUCGCUAUUUGUCUCGCGAGUAAGGUAGCUCCUUCCGUUAGGCCUAAGUCUGCAAAGUGCCACCCUGGGUUUCCUGAAUCUUGUUUUCGCAUAAAGAUUUUCGUAACCCGGGGUGGACUCUAGUUUUAAAUGCGCAACCCCGAGGCGUUUGCGCGGCGUUCAGCGCGAGUUUCCCUUUGGGGAAAGCGCGCUUCGGCGACGCGCUCUGCUGUCCCGUCGGCUGCUGCUGUCUGGGGAGUGGAAAACCACCACCCUUCCAGCCCCCUUGACACAGUUAGCUACCGCCGGGAUGGCGCGCCAUGCGCAAUUUCAUGGUACUGACAAUUACUUUUAUUAUUAUAUAUAAUGGUGUAUAUUUUUGCAAAACCCCCUCCGCGUGCUUUAAUAGUUAGUCCCACCAAAUACACAGAUGCAGUUAUCAUAGCCCUGAGGUGGCACAUCAACGGGAAUUUAUCGCAUGCUGAUAAAUUUUUUUGCUUGUUUGCUCACCGCACAAUGCCCUGAAAGCAGCUCAAUGUCAGUUUACACUUCCUAGUACAAGUUCGGAAAAUGAAGAAAAAAACGAUGAAUUAUAGAAUUAUAUCGUACAAUGUUCGAAAAGGUGUGUUCAAUAAACUUAUAUAUGUCCAACCAAAUAUUACCAGGUAGUCCUAACAAUCAAAACACGCACUCCAUCUGCUAUAUUUGUCAUACACACUUGUACAAUAAAAAAUUCAAUGAUUUUUGAUAAA